AGGAUGAAUGCGACCGCACUUCCUUUCGGCAGUCGCGAUAGUGCUGUUGCUCGCAACGGCUCACUUACUCAGCGUUGGAGUAUUUCUCAAGGGCUUCUUACUCACUCGCUUGGAGCUGCCAAACGUCAGCGGCUGUCGCGACCCCGAGCUGUCGCGAAGCUCUCAGCCUGAGCCCACCUUGCAUCAAAAAAAUACUAGUGUUAGCGGAGGAUGUUGGACAGACAAGUCUUUUGACCGCGCCGCUGUAGUAAUCGUGGAUGCCCUACGAUAUGACUUCGUGUUCGGGAAUGCCGGAGCACCUCGGGGAGCAGCCAUGCCGAAGCUGCUGGGUCUGCUGGCGGACGCGGGCCCGCAUGGCGCCGCAUUCAAGUUUGUGGCUGACACGCCCACUAUCACUAUGAGCCGGCUCAAGGCAAUUCUCACGGGCGGCCUGCCAACAUUCCUGGACAUCGGCCAGAGCUUCUCCGCGGCAGCUCUGGGUGAAGACAACCUGUUGGGGCAGCUGUGGAGCGCUGGGGCCCGUGUGGUGGUGAUGGGAGACGACACGUGGGCGCAGCUGGCGCCGGCUAGCUCCUACCACGGCUGCCACACCUUCCCCUCAUUUGAUGUGCACGAUCUGCACACGGUCGAUGAUGGCGUGUGGCGGGAGGUGUGGCCCUAUCUGCGGCCCAAUGCCUCCUGCGCCAGUAGUGGCCAGAGCUGCUCCAGUGCAACGGGACGCUCCCAUAGUGACAACAGCAAUGUCAGUGGCGAACCCACGCUGGACACAUCUGCGAAAGCGGCAGCGGACUGGGAGUUGCUGGUCGCGCACUACUUGGGGGUGGACCACGCGGGCCACACGUACGGCGGCAACAGCGCGCAGAUGUACGGCAAGCUGCAGCAGAUGGACGAUCAGAUCUCUGACAUCACGGACGCGUUGCUAAGUGGCGCUGCUUCACCAGACGGGCACCACAGCCGCACGCUCCUGCUUGUGAUGGGCGACCAUGGCCAGACGUUAAGCGGCGAUCAUGGUGGCGGUUCGGACGCGGAGCGGGACAGUGUGCUGCUGGCAUUCCACGUGGGGGCGUGGCGGGCGGAUCGGGAACGUCGUGCGGACUGUGGGAAACACAGCCACAACGGCAGCGGCAGCGAGAGUUCAAACAGCACCAGUAGCAGAGACGGGGCUGCUGGUAUCAGCACGGAUGGCGACGGUAACUCAGCCACCGCUGAUACGGCUUUGGUUUGCAACGGUCGUGCUGCAGUGAAGAAUGCAGCUACAGGCGAUGCACGUGGCCGCGGCGGCAGCGGGUUAGAGCCGGCUGCAAUGCCGCAGAUCGACCUCACGUCCAGCCUGGCGCUGCUGCUGGGUCUGCCCAUACCCUUCGGCAACCUGGGCAAGGUGAACCGACGCCUGUGGCAGCUGGGGCACGUACUGCCAGAAGUAGCAAUGGCCGCGAAAGCUGUGCACGUAAGCACUGGCGAGAACCCGCCGGCUGGCGCAGCGGACAGCAUGGCGGGCGAUGCGGUCAAGCGAACGUCGUACCUGGAAGCGCUUCGGGUGAAUGCCGUGCAGGUGGACCGCUACCUUACCGCGUACGCGGCUCGCGGCGGGCUGCCUACCACGGAGCUGGGCCACUGCCGCCGCCUACUUGCCACUGCCCGGGAGGCCUACGCCGCAGCGCAAGCCAGCCUAGCUGGCACCGCGGCGGAAGCCCCUGAAAUCACAGCUUCCGGAGCGCAGGCAAAGCGCGAAGCGAAGCAGACGGCUGGGUUUGAGGCACUGGAGGCAGUAGCGGAGGCGGCGUAUGAGGGCUUUCUGGAUGCGGCAGGCGCUCUGGCCCGGCGCAAGUUCACGCGAUUCGACCUGCCCCUCAUGGCGGCCGGUGCGCUGCUGUGCAUGGCAGCCUGCCUGGGGCUGCACGCCUGGCUGCUGUGCAGGUUAUGGCGUGCCUCGGGAGGCCGCGCGGCCCCCGCCGCGGCCGCAGUGCUUACGCGGCUCCUGUCACUGGUGGCUGUGGGCCUAGUCACCCUGCAUGCUUUCGGCCUGUUCAGUGCCGGCUGGAUUCAGGGGGAGGGCCGGCUCCACUGCUACAGCCUCGCGGCAGCCACGCUACUGCUUUGGCUCCGCGCGGCAGUCGGCGCGCCAGCAGCACCUGCAUCGGGGCAGGCAGGCGCAUCGGAGGUGGCGUUACGCGCCGGUGUAGCGGACAAGCGGACAGUGAAAGUGAUGGAAGUGACGGCGUAUGCAGCCGCUGUAGCCACAGGCAGCCAGUCGCCGGCUCCAGCGACGUCUCUACGAGGGCAAUGUACUCCGGCAGGGGCCCCUGCCGGGUGGUGGCGGCGGCAGCUGUGGGUUGCAGCGCUUGCCUUAGCCGCGCUGGGUGCAAACGUAACGCUUCAGCGCUACAGCCUAAUUGACCGCUGGGGCAGCGACCCACAUGACAAGCGGCAGCUGGCGACAGCGGGGACAGUGGCGGCGGCAGUGCCUGAAGCAGGCGCGGCGGCGGACAUCGGCGCCGCGGCUUCCGCCAUCGCGCACUUGGCUUCGCCCGCCCUCAGCGGGGAGGUGCUGCGGGCGGCGGUGACACUGCUGCCAGUGCUGCUACUACCCGUUCUGCUACAAUCAGUGGCAGUACCGGAGAUGCGUAGACCUUCACUUCAGGCAAUGGCUGGUGGUGCAGAAGGCAGACAGCAGCGAGGACGCAGGGGGUUAAAAGCCAGGUCUCUGCUUCCCAGCUGGCCCCGGGCAGUGUUCUGCCACGGUUGCUUCGUACUGGUAGCGUGCUGGUGGCUACAACAGCUGCUGCUGGCGGGCAGCGGACACACCGCCGGCACUGCAGAUAGGGGAAGCACCGCCGCAGGCGAGGCAGAGGCUGAUUCGACGGCAGCUACGAGUGAGGCUUGGGGUUCUGUGGGAGUAGGGUGGCUACGCCAAGCAACGCGCUCUGCCUCCCUGCGGACGGCUGCGGCAGCUGCCUUGGCAGGGCUGCGCAGCUGGCCGCAGACCGCUGUCCUCAUCACCGAGGCGCGGAGGCUGUUGGCGCCUAUCAUACGGGCCCUGGCGGUGUCGGCUCCGAUGGGCAUGAAGCUGUGGGCGGCUGUGUUGCAGCUGGCGCUGCGGUGGCCGCCUGCAGCGGCAGCGGUGGAAAUGGUGGCGGGUGUGGCGGGCGCCAUGUGGCAGCUGCCGCUUCGGCUGCUCUUGCCCAGAUUGGUGUACGUGCUGGCGCUGGCGGCUCUGGUCAAGGUCAUGCUGGUGCAAUACCAGCUGUGGCUGCGUAGCAGUAGCAGCCGUAGCAGGACGGGGCACGGGAUCAACGGCAGUGCGACAGGCCAGGAGCCGGGCAUCGAGGUUGUUCGGCAAUGGGAUGCGGAGCACGCAGCCCUUCUAGACGCCAGCUUUGGUGCGCUGGCCAGCGCUGGCGCGGUACUGACAUUGCUGCUGGGACCUGGCGGCCCGGCAGUGGUGCUGCUGCUGGCGGUACAGGGCGCCAGCCUCCUGGCGCUGCUGCUGCAUGCUGCAGCUAACACGCGGUGGCUGCACCGCCAACCCAAAUCAAAUCCUACAGCGCCAGCGGGUGCGGCCACGGCACCGCUGCCGCCAGCUGCGGUGGCGGUGGUGGCGGCGGCGGUCGGGUGCCUGUUAUCGCUACUGGGUGGUCAGGCGUUCUUCCUGACCGGUCACUUUUGUGAGUUCUCUGGGCUGCAAUACGACUCGCCAUUCGUGGGUUUCGACCACAUGACUUGGGCUGCCACGCCCCUGCUGUUCUGGAUCAACUCCUUCGGCGGCCUCAUGCUGCCAGCGGUGGCCCUGCCGCUAGUGGCCGCGGCCGCAGUGGCGAAGCUGUCGCUGCCGCCUGCAGGCAGUGGGCUUGUGGCUGCGCGUCCAGAGGUCGUAAGAGAAGCACCGGUGGAAUUGGGGAGCACGGCAGCAGGUGGCAGGACUGGGCAGCUGACACUAGGCAAGCCCGCUAGCACCCCGAUGACACCCUUGGCUGGUGGCUCCGGACAGCCAGAAAUUCCACACUUCCCAACAAUGGCGGCGGUGCGUGAUGUGGGUCGGCAGGCUCUCGUUUGGCUCUCGUUCAGCAGGUCGCUGGCAUUGGCAGUGACGGUUUUGUCAGCAGCCAUCCAGCGGCAUCACGUGGUGGUGUGGGCGCUGUUUGCGCCCAAGCUGGUGUUUGAGGUGUGCUUUGCGGCUGCGACCUAUAUGGCAAUGAUGCUGGCAGCGCUGGGGCUGUGAUGGGCUUGGUGUAUCGAGCUCGCUGCUUUCUUGUGGCGGCAUGGCUUCGGCAAGGCAUCUAGCGCGACGCGCGCACGGGUGGGGAGGAAACCAGGACCGUAUGACACGGUCGCCGUGCCCCUGGCCGCCGUGGCCAGGAGGUAUCGCCAGAGUUUUCUUGGUUUAUAGGCAUGACGAGUGCAGAUGUCAUAGUAAAGGUUUCAGGGGAGCCGGCAUAGCCCGCGGAACAAGACGGAGGUGGCGGCGGGGAAUGGAGCGGGGCAGUUGGCAAGGCGGGCAGGUCGUGCGCGGGCAGGUCGUGCGCGGGCAGCGCCCAUCAGCAGAAAG